CCUAGACUAGACAGUCUGCCAGUCAACUCCUUCUGCUGGUGAGACUGCAGUUGAAAUGAAAAUGACAAACAUCAUUAUCAUUCUGGGGAUCGUCUCAGUACCAGUCUCCAGUGUAACAGUAAACGUUAGCAGCACAGACUUGGUGGAGUUCAACAGCUCCGUCAGUCUGUCCUGCUCCUCCUCUGGGUCCUCGCUCUCCUUCCUCUGGCUGAACCGCAGCUCUGUGUUUACAGCCACUGACAGAGUUCAGCUCACUGAUGGAGGAAGAAAUCUCACUAUAGUCAAUGUGAGCCGCUACGACCAGGGACCGUUCAACUGCAGAGUGUCCAAUGCUGUCAGGAACAAGACCAGCAAGGCAGUAAACCUCUCCAUCAACUAUGGACCUGGAAAUAUCACUUUAAAAACAUCCCUUGCCCUAGAAUUUUAUGUGACAGGGUCCAAUGUGAACCUGUCCUGCUCAGCUGUCUCCAGUCCUACUGCCCAGUUCACAUGGUUUCUGAACAGAACCAAGCUGCCUGAUACUGGACCAGAACUCACACUGACCAACAUUCAGACGAGUCAGAGUGGAGACUACAGCUGUCAGGCCUUUAACACCAAGACUCUGAGAUAUCAGACAUCUCAGCCCUCACCUCUUAUUGUACUAGAACAUCAACCUUUAAGCCAUGGUUGUUCAGGUGGUUGCAUCGCUGGAAUAGUGAUUGCUGCUGUUGUUGUUGUGGAUGUGGUCAUUUUAGUUUAUUUCCUUUGGAUCAAACCAGAUGCUGCCGCUAGAACGGGAGGUGAAGGUCAGGACAACACAACAUCCCCACAGAAACAGGAGCUGGAAUAUGCUCACAUCAGCUUCCAGAACACAGACGGUGGAACUGUCCAGAUGGGACCAGAGGACAACCCAACUCAGUAUGCUGAGAUUAAUGCAUACAGGCCACAUGAGCCGUCGUCUAUGACCAACCUAUGAUGACUACUGUAUCACUAAUAUAUGACCGAAUGAGCCUGGAACUAAUGGUGCACAUUGUGCUGAGGUACAUAAGACAUGAAUUAAAUAAGUGUGAUUGGAUGAGCUAAACUUCUAACAUAACAUCUUUGAUAUUCCUUGGUUAAAAACAAGCUUUUCUAAAAUUUUACCUGAAAUAGCAGCUUGGACACUGGUUUGUUAUUGGAGUAAAUGAUUCAAAUGUACCUUUUUGCAUCUUCUUCUUUUCUGCUAUCCUGUACUUUUCUUAUACAGUAGUUUAUAGUUUAGUUUCUUCAUUUCUUCCUUGUAGUGACUCUCUAUCUUCAGUAUGAAUUAGCAGCCACUUCAGCAGUAAUGUAACGUUUCCUCAUUGUGUGUUCUACUGAAAUUGUUUAAACACACUGUUGGACAGAAUGAAAAGAGGCUUUAUCUGUUAAUAUCAGAGGCAAUUAGCUUUGUAUAGUUUACUGUAUAUCACUACACACACUGAGCACAUUCUUGCCAUAUUUGCAUUACACGUACAGUACAGUCAGUUUACACGUAUGUGAAUAUUACGAUACAUGUACUGCACAGUGAUUUAUAAUAAGCAGGAUAUUUGCACUGAUAUUUUAAAAUAUAUAAUAAAGCAGAACUGUUGUGACUCGGCUUCCACGCCACCAGGGGCAGCCUGGUUUCACCCUUUUGGGUUUGUGUCCUUGUUUCUUGUCUUGUGUUUCCUGUAUUAGUUUGAUUGGGUUCACUUGUCUUGUAUUUAAGGUCUCAGUUUGUGCACAGUCUUUGUUGGUGCAUUACGUGUUACAGGUUACAUGUUACCAUGCCAUCGUGCUCUCCGUCCAGGUUUGUGUGUUUGUUCACUUUUUGUGUUAGGCACUGUUGUUUGCAUGUUUGGUGUUCUUAGUAUGGUUUAUUUAGUUUCCUGCUCUGCAGUGAUCUUUAGUUUACCUGUGAGUUAUACAUCUUAGUUUGCAUUGUUUAUUUCAGGCUUAUCCUGCAUACACAGCGUCCUUAGUUCGUAUUGUCCUCUGUCUGUAUGUUUUAUUUAUUUAUUAAAUCAUUUAUUGUCAGUCCUGUCUGUGGGUCGUGCAUUUGGGUCCUCCCUCCCAGUUCAGUUUGUAGGCCAUUGUAGUCUGUCUCCCCGCUCAAGGAGCGUGUUUUAGAACAUCGUUCA